ACUGAUUCAUUCAUAAGACAAGAUGUGCUACUGUUCGCGCGAACAUGGAUCUGUCAGCGCGCAUUUGAUGUGAAAGGCGAGGAUUUAAACGAGUGGACUCCCUCACGAACCGAACCGGGACCUGGAUUACCUUCUUCAUGCAACUUUUUUGGAAGGAAACCAGAAGCUUUUCACCGGGAAGUAGCAAAAAGAGCAGCAAAGGUGACGUCUCGUUCUCUGCGGUAGCUGCAGGUGUUCCGGUCUCUCUCGGCCCCUCAGGGGAGAUGUACCAAGGGUUCCCCGGAGACCCCGACAGCGGUUCCCGUGGAAGCUUAUCUCCUUCAUUAGAGUCCCAGUACCUUUCCUCCGUGGACUCCUUCGGGAGCCCACCGACCACCAGUGCCCCGCAAGAGUGUGUGUCAUCGGGAGCUGGCUUAAGCAUCGUGGGCAGCGGGCCGGGGGCCAGUGUUGGAGGGGAGAUGCCUGGUUCAUUCGUGCCCACAGUCACUGCCAUCACCACCAGCCAGGACCUGCAGUGGAUGGUACAGCCCACCCUCAUCUCGUCCCAAGCUUCUGGACAGAGCGGGACCACCGGCACCUCGACCAUGACCCAGCCGGUGUCACUGGUGGACCCGUACGACAUACCGGGCCCUAGUUAUUCAUCAGGGGCUGCAUUCACCCCUACAACAAGCUCAGAAAGUCAGGGGCCGGCGCCAGGCCCCGUCCGCCAAUCCAGAACCCGCACCCGUCGCACAAGAGACGAGUCUGUGAGUGAAGAUGGAGGUGUUGGUGUGUUACUGAGUCCAGAGGAGGAGGAGAAGAGGCGUGUCCGGCGGGAGAGAAACAAGGUGGCUGCUGCCAAGUGCAGAAACCGGCGACGAGAACUCACAGACAGACUGCAGUCGGAGACAGACAUACUGGAGGAGGAGAAGGCAGAGCUGGAGGCUGAGAUCUCUGAGUUGCAGAAGGAGAAGGAGCGUUUGGAGUUUGUCCUGGUGGCCCACCAGCCGAACUGUAAGAUCUCUUACCAGGAGCAGCCGCAGCAGGGACCAGUACAGCUGCCUCCCAUCCAGCCCCAGCUUCCUCCCCAGACCUUGCAACCUUCCGUCUCCAUUGUGAGCUUGGCGGUCAAAGAAGACUCUUUCUAUCUGCCUCCUGCUUACACGGCUCAUCAGGCCUCUGCACAGUCCCAGCCUCCGGUUCAGCAGCCGCAGGUCCAGCAGCAGCCUCAGCCAGGCAUAAUGCAGGAGGUAGAGUUUUCUAGUUCUUUCUAUGGCUCAAGUGAACCUGGUGGGCCGUGCCUUAUGGCCAGCGACUGUGGUGGUGGUGGUGCUAUCCAUGACGAUGCGGCCAUUGGCAGCUACAACCCCUCAUACACAUCUUCAUUUGUGUUCACCUACCCAGAGGGAGCCUGCGGGGUCAGUGCCAACCAGCGGAACAGCAGUAGCGAGCAGUCGUCUGAUUCCCUGAACUCGCCUUCUCUGCUGGCGCUCUGACUGACUGACAGACACAAGUGCACACAUAUCAACACGUACAUACAUUACGCUCACCUGAAGUAGAGGCUGAGGCAAGUAUCCAUCAGUCUCACAGAUUGGGUGUAUGAUUGGUUUACAGUGCACACAUUCUGCCGUACAUUCCAAAACAGAACCAUACCAACAUAUAUUUGCACAUAAAUUAUAAGAACAUUAUUUAAAAUUCAACAUUGAACAUAAAGGACAUGUUUUCAUUGUGGGGUGUCAAAUGUUGAAACUUUGUUGGAGCUGUUGGAAUUAGUACCAUGACAC